CGAAUGUAUCAGUAUAUUCUACAAUUCGGAACCACCGACUAAAUUCUGGUCACAGGUUGAAUACUUCUACGGUUGAGGAGCUUCAUGGAGGAAUCAGUUUUUACAAUAUUGGCUACAGGCCUUUUCUUGCUGCUUUUGGGUAUAUUGGUAAGGUUGAUUCAAGUGUUGCCAUGUUGCCACAUGAGGAAACACGCUACAUCAAAGCGUGACCUUUUGCUGUUGAAGAAUGCCACUAAUAAAAAGAAGUGUUUGAUGGUGCUCUUGGGCUCUGGGGGUCAUACUGGGGAAAUGCUUCGUAUUCUGGAACAGUGGUCAACCGGGAUCAACAAUUUGCACAGGGAGUACGUUAUAAGUUCGGGGGAUUCGACAUCUGUUUUGAAGUUAAAAAAAUUCGAAGAUAAUCUUUUGGGAAACAAUGCUAAAGAUUAUGGAAUCACAACUAUAUACCGAGCAAGAAACAUAGGGGAGGGAAAGAUUAAGGCGGUUAUCAACACUUUGCUCAGCUUUAAGUCUACACUAAUAAAUUUGAUCCUUAGUAGGCUUAAAAAUCAGCCUGAUGUGUUUUUGACGAAUGGUCCCGGAACUGCUAUACCGAUUGCAUACAUGCUUUUUAUUCUAAAGCUUUUCGGUUUGUGUAGCACUAAAAUCAUCUACGUUGAAAGUCUAGCUAGGGUUAAAGAGUUAAGUUUGACAGGCUUUUUGAUCCUCCCGAUUAGUGAUCGAAUAAUAGUUCAAUGGGAACCACUUGCUAAAAGAUACAGAAGGUGUGAAUACUACGGUAUAUUAGUCUAAGCUGGAAAAUAUAUAGAAUAGGUGAAAAUGAAGGAUACAUAGUCGGUGUAGGGCCAUUCAAAAGCCUUUUGAUGUAAAGAGUCUGACUCUUACGCUGCGCUCAAGUUUAGCAAAUACCUCUAUAAACUAAACUUUCAGCAAGUUGUGCCCAAUGUUGGCCACUUUGUCAUGCCUUUGAGACUUUGGACUUUGCAAUAAGAGAUGGACCAGCUUUAGAAGUCCGGGAAAUUUCCGAAUCCGCCUUUGACAACUUGAUCAACUGUUUGUCAACAACAGAGGCAAUCUUUCUUAGUUGAUCAUUGCUGUACUCGGAUGCAGACAUAUUGGAGUUAGCAGCCCAACACAAUCGUACCGGAGAACCACUUAUGACAACAAGGCACGGAUUCUUGUACUUGUCACACCCCAGAACCUUUUUUUGACGACC